AUGUAUUAUGUGGUACUAGAAACGUCCACUAAAUAUCUACCAGAGGAGCCAAAAGAUCAAACAAAUAUUACAAAUUUCUGUUAUAUAUUUAUAGAUACAAAGACGUUACAGACAAUUAGUGAAUCUUCAGAAUCAGAAUCAUCACUGUUACUGAGAGAACUACUAAAUCAAUCUAAGUCUAUUCCUGUAAAUUAUGAUAUAUCCAAUGGAUUACAAAUUGCUGUUGAUAAAUUGCAUCAAAUAAUAAUUGAGACCUUAAACAAUUCCGAAUUUAUUAUCUGUUCUAUGUUUUCCACAUGGACUCUUAAAGUUGUUUUACAAAGACAGGCUUUCGACGAAAAUGUCAAUUUACCAAAUUUCUUAAAACAUUUAAGGAUAUGUGAUCUUUGGAAAGCAUAUGGUGUUUGGUAUAAUAAUAUUUAUAACAAUGAUGUGAUUGCUCCAGAAACUAUUAAUAGAAAUGAUAUACAAGAUCUGUUUGAGUCAAGAGGAGAUCUAAAUGAUCUUAGACUAACUGGUUGUUUAACACUAUUAGGUCUUACUGAACUGUGUCAAGGACAAAAAACUAAGACAAUCAAAAAGGAAGGGAAUUAUGCUACUGAUGAUCAAUCUAGGAUUUCCUUACAACCCUUGAAAAAUAUUGACACGACAAUAACUGUUCUUUCGAAAUUAUAUUCUAAACAGAAUAACAAUGAGACUGAAUUAUAUGAUAUUUUGAGCCAUCUAUACAAUUUAGAAUUAGAUUUCAAAACAUUUCAAGAAGAAGAAUCCAAUAUUCUUUAUAUGACAAAUCUCCCUGUAGACAUUACACAAAGUGAACUAGAAUCAUGGUUUACCCAACAUAAUACAAGACCGAUAGGAUUUUGGACUUUUAAAAACAUUGUAGAAACUCUAUUUAACUUUAAUAACUGUAAUAACAACAAUAAUAACGAAGAUCCAUCUAUUUGGCAAUAUAACCAAUUCUCAUACGUUGAAGAGUUAAACAGUAUACCUGGAUUUGUUAUAUUUCAGAACCACGAAAAUGCAAAAGAUGCCUUAAACUUAUUGAACGGUAGAUCAAUUCUAUCUAAUGUUGCCAAUACAAAACAACCUAAGGUAGUAGAACAUAUCAUUGAAUUACAACCAUCUUCUAAUAAAGUUAUUGAUCUAGCGAAGGAAAUUUUAAUAUCGUUUCCACAGAGCAAAAAUAAACCAAGACCAGGCGACUGGAACUGUCCAUCUUGUGGAUUUUUAAAUUUUCAAAGAAGGAUUGCAUGUUUCAGAUGCUUAUUACCGAUUCCAAGUGCAUUACAAAAGAUGAAAUCUGAAACUUUUAUACGAAAUCAUAUCAACAACAACAAAAACCACAACAACAACAAUACCGAUGACACCACAAACAAGCAUGGAUCACCUAGUUCAAAUUCGAAUUAUUAUAACCAUAAUUUAAUGACUACAUAUGAUAAGGACACAAAUUUAUCUCUUUCACAAAAUCCACGUAUGUCCAAUGACAAUUUUACCAACAACACAGAUGAUAGAAAUUCUGCAACCACCACCCUCAUAACUGCUACUACCAUCACUACCAAUUAUAAUCCAAAAAUAGCAUAUAUAAAUACACCUUCUUAUGGUAACCACAAUACACACAGUAAUAUACCAUUCCGUGCUGGAGAUUGGAAAUGUGUUGUAUGUGAUUAUCAUAAUUUUGCCAAGAAUAUUACUUGUUUAAGAUGUGGUGAGCCUAAAAAAACAACAACAUACUCAAAAUCUUCAAUUAAUAAAACAAAUCAAAAUAAAAGUAAUGAAAAAAGCAACAAUAACUCUAUUAAUUUCAAUUUGGAAAUUAAUACGACUAGAAUGGACACUAAUAAUAAGAUGGGAACAUUAGAGGAUCAUUAG